GCCGCGGCGCCGUUGCCCCGCCCCCCUCGGCGCGCGCCGGCGUCGGCUGCGUCUCCGGGCAUUUGAAUUGCGCUUCCGCCAUCUUUCCAGCCCUCAGUCCGACGGGCCGGAGACGCUUCUGGAAGCACCAGCGCCAUGGCCGCCCAGGGAGAGCCCCAAGUCCAGUUCAAACUGGUGCUGGUUGGCGACGGCGGCACCGGGAAGACGACGUUCGUGAAGCGUCACCUGACGGGGGAGUUCGAGAAGAAGUAUGUAGCCACCUUGGGCGUGGAGGUCCACCCGCUCGUGUUCCACACCAACAGGGGACCCAUCAAGUUCAACGUGUGGGACACGGCCGGCCAGGAGAAGUUCGGCGGCCUGCGGGACGGCUACUACAUCCAAGCCCAGUGUGCCAUUAUAAUGUUCGAUGUCACGUCAAGGGUUACUUACAAGAAUGUGCCUAACUGGCAUAGAGAUCUGGUACGAGUGUGUGAGAACAUCCCCAUUGUGCUGUGUGGCAACAAAGUGGACAUUAAGGACAGGAAAGUUAAGGCAAAAUCGAUUGUCUUCCACCGAAAGAAGAAUCUUCAGUACUAUGACAUUUCUGCCAAAAGUAACUACAACUUUGAAAAGCCCUUCCUGUGGCUUGCUAGAAAACUAAUUGGAGACCCUAACUUGGAGUUUGUCGCCAUGCCCGCUCUUGCCCCGCCAGAGGUUGUCAUGGACCCAGCUUUGGCAGCACAGUAUGAGCACGAUCUAGAGGUUGCUCAGACAACUGCUCUCCCGGAUGAGGAUGAUGACCUGUGAGAACGUGCAGCCGGAGGCCAGCGUCAGAAGUCUAGUUUUAUAGGCAACUGUCCUGUGAUGUCAGUGGUGCAGCGUGUUUGCCACUUUAUUAUAUAGCUGAGCAGAACAUGUGCUUAAUCUUUGGGAUGCUGAAGGAGAUGAAUGGGCUUCGGAGUGAAUGUGGCAGUUUAAAAAGUACCUUCAUUUUUUGGACCUGCAUAUUUAGCUGUUUUGGAACGCAGUUGUUUCCUUCCUGAGUUUCAGAUAUGAGACUGCUAUAGUCCCGUCACAAUACCCAGUGGUGAAAUCUUGUUUGUCACUGUCAUUCCCAUUCCUUUUCGUUUAGAAUCAGAAUAAAGUUGUAUUUCAAAUAUCUAAGCAAGUGAACUCCUCCCUUGUUUGGUAAGAAUUUUAAAACUACUAACAGGGAAAGUUGUGCCAUGAUACUAUUUAAAUUGCCUUUGCUAUUCUCACUUAAUUUGAAGCCUUGCAAGUAAAACUCUUAAGUCUGUUUCUUGUA